AUGGGCACCCUCAUCGCCCUAGCCUAUGCUUUCCCCCGCGUCGGAAUGACUGGCGGGUCCGUACGCGCAGAAUACACUGUGACAUGGGGCGGCGUCGCCCUCAUCUUCCUCAUUGCCGGCCUCUCCCUCUCCCUGGAUGCACUCAAGAAAGGUCUCCCGCACAUCCAAGCACACGCCGUGUGUAGCGUGUUCACGUACCUCGUCGCCCCGGCUCUGGCAUUGGGGUUUGGGACGGCGGGCCGCGAUGCCGGACUAGACGUCUACGUCAUGGGCGGGAUGGUUGUUACUGGCGGUCUUCCGACUACCGUGGCGAGCAAUGUUAGCGCAACUCUCGCUACUGGGGGAAGUACUGCGUUGGCGAGCAUCCAAGUUCUUAUCUCCAAUACAUUGGGGCCAUUUAUUGCCCCGUUGUUGGCUAAAAUGUUCCUCACACCUCAUAUGGGGUGGGCGGCAGCACAGCCGGGCGAUGGCGAACUCACACCCAUCUACGUCCGCAUGGCAAAGCAACUCAGCGCCGCACUCCUGGGUCCGAUGCUUUUCGGCCUGUUUAUCCAACACCUCUUUCCUAGGCCUGUUGCGAGGAUACGCACUGUCCUGCAUCUCGCAAAGGUCGCUGCGUUCCUAACCAGCCUGUGUGUGUGGCAUUCAUUCAGCAAUGCCUUUGCGUCGGGUGCGUUCUUGACCGCCUCGCACGCGUCUAUCAUCUAUCUCUGUUUCAUGAGCUGGGCGAGUUACCUCAUCUUGACGGCGCUGGUGUUUCUCGUGGUCCGCCUGCCCGGCGUACCCGGAAGAGCGGCGGCAUGGUGGCGCAUGAGCAAGCGCGACAGCCUUGCGUUGUUGUUCUGUGGCCCGGCUAAGGGCGUCGCCGUCGGCGCACCGACCAUCGCGAUCCUCUACGCUGACCGCGAGCUAGCAGUUCAGGCCAAGCUCUCGCUCGCUCUGGUCAUCUACCAGGGCGAACAGGUGGCCAUGGCGCAGGUUGUCGUCCCCCUCCUCCGCUGGUGGGCGCGAGACGAGGUGGCAGCCCACGAGGCGGCCGAGGACGAGCGGCUGCGUCUACGUGAGAUCGCCAAGAGUAGGGGAGGGGAGAAGACGCAAAGUGGAAGUGGAGAUGGGGAGGAGGCAGAGGAGAAGAGCGUCGCGACGCUCGACGUCGAACUCGGUAAGGGGGAGACGCGCCAUCGGCACAGACCAAGUAUCAAUAUUGAGCAUUAG